AUGCUGCUCGGUAACGGGGUUGCAGCUGAUGCCUCGAUCCUCCUCUGCAUCGGCGUCAUCACCGUGGCAAUCUAUCGUCUCACCCUGCAUCCUCUAGCCCAUGUUCCUGGGCCUUGGAUCUUUUGCAUCUCAUCCAUCCCCCAGUGGAUUAUCGUCUUCCUUGGGACCGAACCACAGACCCUGGUGUAUUACCAUCACCGAUACAACACUCGAGUAUUGCGCAUCGCCCCAAAUCAGGUCUCCAUCUCCGAUCCCCAUGCCUUAGCUACUAUCUACGUGGCUAAUGGGGGUUUCAUGAAAGAUGCUCGGUAUCGCAACUUUGAUGUCAAUGGGCAGCCCACCAUAUUUUCCGCUAUCGACAAAGCCUACCGCGAUAAGCGAGCUAAGGCUGUUCUGCCAUUAUUUACGCCUGCUAGGAUACGAGAAGCGGUAGGAACACAGAAUGUUCAGCAAUAUGUCCAGCAAUUCAUCGCUCGUUUGGCCAAUGAGAAGAGACGCGCGGUAAAAUCCGCCUCGUAUCGCGCUGACAUCCUAGAUUUGGCGUUACGGCUCUCGAUGGACGUCAUGACGGGCUAUAUGUUCGAUAGGUCGUAUGGAGCGCUGAACGAGCCCGUCAACAUAGAUACUCGCUCACCGCCGACAAAAUUCUCGGCGAGUGCAUGGCUGCAGGCUAUCGCAGCUUUUGGAUACUACUCUAUGCUUCCCAAUUGGUUGUUCUCGAGGAUUUUAUCGCUCCAUGUCACCGUUCAGGAUCGUUAUUGGGGGUCUUCAAUGCGUCGAGUUGACCAAUUCGCAAGAUCGAUUGUUGAAGGAAUUGUCAACGCAGAUCUCAGUACCUUAGCACACACCUACCACGGCCGUCUCUGCACAGCUGGAGCGGCGGAGGACGAGGUCAUUGGUAUCUGUGAAGGGUCACUAUUCGCUGCGACCAGCUCAACCGGUCAGACGCUUGCGACUGUCUUGUUCCAUCUUGUCCGCCAGUCCCACGUCCGUGAGCGCCUUCAACAAGAGUUAGGCGACUCUAGCUCAGUGGACCUGCAAAGCCUUCCGUAUCUACGGAGCGUAAUUACUGAAGGCCUACGACUCGCCAUGACCAAUCCUGCGCCUCUCACCAGGGCUGUACCCGACGGCGGAUGUCACGCAAGUGGCGUGUACCUCCCAGGAGGGGUCUCGGUCGGGGCCUCGAUAUACGUCUUCCAUCAUGAUCCCGAUGCGUUUCCUGAUCCUUUCACGUUCAGGCCUGAGCGAUGGUUAACUGAUGGGACUGACUACGCAACGCGCGAGCUAUGUUUCUUUACCUUCGGUCUAGGAUCACGGUCGUGCAUUGGGAGGAAUCUGGCGCUGUAUGAAUUGUACGAAGCUGUUGCUGCUACUGUGAAGGCCGGUGUCCUUGACGGGGCCAAUACAUGCCAAGAGAAGAUUGUAGUAAACGGCUGCUUCAAUGGGGAAGUCCAAGGCCAUGCGAUCGAAAUCCACUGGCCGAUUAGGGAGGGCGAAAGCAAUAAAGUUUGCAUGUAA